GCAGGGCUGCACAAUACAGCUACUACUACUACUAAUAAUAAUAAUAGUAAUAAUAAUGAUAGUAAUACACACGCGCGACAUGUUUAGCAUGGAUGCUAACAAAGUGUUGAUGCGGUCUGGUUUUUCUGUGUCGUUUCUCACAAAUUUGUUCAAUUCCACCGGCAUUUCCACUUCAAACUAAACGAGCAGUUGUUGAGUAGCUGUCAGACAUGGUGUAAUUAGGUUUUUCUGUGCUGUCUUUGUGUGCUGUGAAUGACGGGGAAGUUAUAGAGCAUCGAAAUGUGAGCAGACCAGCGGGAACAGCUUCAAACCGGUUUCAGCACCGCCGCAACAAAAGCGGCUCCAGCACCACACACACACACUUACACUCACUCACACACACACGCAGUGGACAGCUGGCAUGAUUCAGCUGAAUAAAAGUGUAACCUCGACUAGUUUCUUCUUGUCAUUUAUCCAAAACGUCAUGAUAUUAAGACUGAGUGGUGUAGCAGUGCAGAGAGGCAGCUCAGCAUCUUAACUGCUCUCAUUACAUUUCUGCGACUGGCUGCACAUUUCUGGGAUCUCUUUGAAGAACCUAGCAGCUAAGAAUGAGCUCUAAGAAAGCCAUGGAUGGAGGCUGGGGCUGGGUCAUUGUGGUGGCCUCGUUCAUAGCCCAGCUCCUCGCCUACGGCUCACCUCAGUCUGUUGGAGUGCUCUAUCCCGAGUGGCUCAAUGCCUUCCAAGAGAGCAAGGGGAUGACCGCGUGGGUGGGGUCUCUGGUCUCCGGGGUCGGCCUCAUUGCCAGUCCCAUCUGCAGUGCCUGUGUGGUAAACUUUGGCGCCAGGCCUGUGACCAUCUUCAGCGGAGUCAUGAUCUCUGGAGGCCUCAUGCUUAGCGCCUUCGCCCCCAAUGUCCACUUCCUCAUGUUUUCCUAUGGCGUAGUCGUCGGAGUAGGCUGUGGACUGCUGUAUGCUGCUACCGUGACUAUCACAUGCCAGUACUUUGACAAGAAGCGUGGCCUUGCUCUUGGCAUUGUUACUACAGGUACAAGUAUUGGAGGAUUCCUUUAUGCCACGGCACAGAACGAAUUCAUUGAGAUUUUUGGUCUUGAUGGCUGCCUGCUGCUCAUUGGAUCAUUUGCACUGAACAUCAUUGCCUGUGGUGGACUGAUGAGGCCGUUGCACUUGCCAGCUUACUACCUCAAGCAGAGAGCUGCCCUGGUGGAGAAGGCUGAAGAGAAGCUCAGUGAAAGGCCCCUGGCCCUGGACCACUCCAUCAAAAAGGACCUGCCUGUCACUGAUCUGCUGAUCACAGUGGAGACCAAAGACACUCUGGCUUCAGAAAAGGAACUGCUGAUCUGCUCAGCCUUGGUCAGACUGCUCAAGAAGAAGCAAAAGGCCUACAUAGAAUACUUACACUCCAUUGCUGACCGAAUGAGAGACCGGGUAUUUGUAGCCAUGUGCUUGGCACUGUUCCUCUACACCAUGGGGGCAUUUCCUCCACUGCUCUUCCUGGAGGAUGUAGCCCAAAGUGAGGGCUUGAUUGAGGGCAUCAGCGUUGUCCCUCUGGUCUCAAUAUAUGCUAUUGCAGGGGGCAUUGGGAAGCUACUGCUGGGAAUGGUGAUUGACAUUCGCUGGAUGAACAGCUUUUGUCUCUAUGGCGUCACGCUGGUGGGCAGCGGCAUGGCACUUCUGCUUAUCCCUUUCAUUAAGAGCUACAUAGGGCUCCAAGUGAUCUCAGUAGUGCUGGGUUUCUUCUCAGGGAACUGGUCCAUCACACCCUACAUGACCACCAAGGUGGUUGGCAUAGAGCGGCUCACUGAGGCCUACGGGAUCUUGAUGUUCUUCGGUGGCUUUGGGAUCAUGCUGGGACCUCCAGUUGUAGGCUGGUUCUAUGAUUGGAUGCAGUCCUAUGACCUGGCCUUCUACUUCAGUGGGAGUUGUGUGCUGCUGGGUGGAGUGCAACUUCUGCUCUCUGCCCUGUCCUGCUGGGACAAAACCCAUGAGUCGUCUGCCAAACCUGAGGCAGAGUGUACUCAUAACUGUGACAGCGUGGCUGCCGUAGCCUAAAGGAUGGACAGUCUUUUCUUUACCGGUGAUUUGCCUGCUCAAGUCCGUGGCUGAACCUGAACCUGGUUUUAGUUGAUUUACUUUUCAAUGAUACAUUGCGCCUUAUUGUUAGUUGAUGUUUUGGAUUUUUGUAAUCUGAUGCUCCAGUCAGUGUUUUGAAAACACCAUUUUAAACGAAUGGACUCAGACUUGUCCUGUCCUCAGUUGUCCUUUCCUAGCCUUGUUUUAUGAGGCUCCAGGGUAUGGUGACAAAUAAUUUCAAAAUGUCUGUUUCUUAAUUAUUGAUGCUGUCUGUUUUUCUCGAAAUGUAUGUUCCCUGCAUUGCGUUUCUUUUAUAUUGAAGUAACUGAGAGCAUUAUGCCAUGACACUCAUUCAAGACAAGAUGCAAAUGUCUGAUUUUUUUUUUUUCCCCCAAAGAUGCAACACUAUACCACAUUCUGGUCCCUUAAUAAUGACAUCUUGACUUAUGUUGUUAGUUGUUAGUGUUGUUGUUAAUGUUGUACCAAAGUUAUUUGAUUUUCAUUGUCUUGGACAAAGGGUUAAAUCGACAAUCUCAUGCCACAAAUACUAAACCCAAUCCGUCUUUGUGCUGCUGAAGUUAUCUUUUCCACAUAGUGUUGGCCCUGGAUAUCAGGAGCGCAGCUUGUUUUAACAAGGUGACUAAUCCGACUCAAAAACUAUUCAAGUGUUUGAUGUGUGUCUGUAGGUGCGUUGGAUGACAUCGCUAUCCACCUUUCAUUUCAAGCAAUUUGAUAUAUUUCAAGCAAUAUGUAGACAUUUUAUUUGUCUAUUUCUAUUUGUAUACUCUAACACUUCUAGACUGUUGUAUUUUUACAUGCACUGAAGUAGGUUGUGCAGUGUUGAUUUCUAUAUUGUUUGUUUCUUUUUUAGAUGAAGAGUUAUUUUACUUGAACUGUCUCUGCAUGAUGUUAUUAUGUAAAAAAAACAUGAAAAAUGAUAAUCUUUGGUUAUAGGGUCAUACGAGAUGUGAAAGACCCGUACACUGUCUUAAAGCACAUGAUGCCACCUGUGAUAUUUAUGUAUUUAUGUAUGUUUUUUUUUUUUUUUUUACUUUAUAUGGUUUUUAAAAAUAGAAAUAAACUAAGAUUGAUAAAGCAGUUGUCACCAUUAAUUUAGCAGUACUUUUAACACAUGAUUGUGAACAAUGUGGUGCUUUCAGUCAUAACAUACAAGUUGAGAAGGUGUUGAUUAAUUUUCUAUAAGUGACAGUAGUGUAGGCUGCAAUCGGCUGCAAGGCAAAUCACAGGUUUAUAUUAAUGCACUCUUUCUAAAAUAUUAUCAUU